AAAUGCCUGACGUUCUUAUGCCAAUCCCACCGCCACCUCCCAAGUCUCCCAAGUCCAAUGGCAUGUUUGAUCGUCGUUGGAAGCCGCCAGUCAUUGUAUAUCAGAAAUCAUCAGAUAACACACACCUAGAGUGCACCUGCCAUAGAAAUUUGCAGAAAGAGGUUCAAGAACUUAGAGCUUGCUAUGAAGAGUUAAUGGCUAGACUUCAUAAGAUAGAAGACGGUCGGCGGCCGGGUUGUCAGGUGACUCAAAAUGAAGAUAUGAACCUAGCAGGACUUGAUGAUAUGGAAUAUGAUCGGUGUGAAUAGGCUGGAGGUUGAAUCAAUCAGGAUAUAGGGGUCUCUAUGUCUUGAAUGGAAAUCUUGUCUGCAAAUCAACGCCCCAGAGUUAUUCAGACGAGUGUAUGGGUCGAUUCAUCCACAACC